AUGCCCUUAACCCUAAAAGUUUGGCAUGGCAUGAUUUGGAGCAUGAAGGGCCCAAGCCUCUUUUGUGUUCUUGCCUCCGCCUCCCUGGCCGCCGGUUGUGCAGCAACGUUUCCUGGCGCGCGCCUGCUCGGGACCCUCGUCCUGAUUUUCUUGCUGCGCCCGUGCGGCUGGAUGAUAAAACGGGUGCCAUCCCGACGACGCUGGCCCGUCGCCUUUGCGACGACUGUGGCGCUGAGCGCCUUGUUUCUCGCCACCGCACUUCAAGCGCCCCUGCAGGUGAAGGAACCUGCGCUGGCCUUGCCCUGGCGCUUCGCGGCUUACGACCCAGGUGCUCCGCUCGAAGGGAAUAGGCAUCCUGGCCCGUCGCACUUGCUCGACCAUCUCUUAUUCCGCUGGUUCCGGCUGGAAGACCCGAAGGCGGCAGGGAAUGCCGACGCAGACAAGGGCCCGGGACUUGGCGAUGACCUCAGACACCUUGGCCGCCUGGCAAAGCACGAGUGGCCUUCCGUGACCCUGGGGAUAUCGUUUCUUCUUGUUGCGGCUGGCAUCCGCACUGUGAUUCCGCAGGCUGUAGCUUCCACGCUGAUCGUGGCCUUGAAGCCCUCCGAGGCUGCGGCCAGCGCCGAGGGACAGCGACUUGCAUUGAUGAAGGCGGCCAAGCGUUUGGGCGUCCUCGCUUUCGGAUACGGGCUCUUCAGUGGACUCAGAGGUUUAGUCAUGUCGAUUGCCGAGAACCGGUUACUCCUUCGUUUGCGCAGGCAAACUUUCUCACGAGUCCUGCAGCAAGACAUCGCCUUCCACGAUCAGCGUGAAGUGGGCGAGCUUACCAGCAGGUUGAACUCCGACUGUGAGGCUGUGGCUUCUGGCCUGGCCAUGAAUUUCAACAUCUUCCUCAGGAGCUUCGUCCAGCUUGUGUUUGGCGUGUGCUACCUGACAGUUACUUCGUGGCAGCUUUCGCUCAUUUUGCUGGGCGUUUGGGCCAUCCUUUUUUAUGUGUAUGCCAUCUACGGCCGGUUUGCACGGCGGUCGUCGCUUCUCCGACAGGACAAGCUGGCCGUGCUGAACUCCGUAGCCACCGAGGCUUUGGGAAACGUUCGCACUCUCCGGGCGUUUUCUGGAGAGCAGGCGAUGAUGAACAGGUACGAGCAGGAAUCCUACAACCUCAUCUUCCUUGAGCACCAGCGCGGUGCGGCCUAUGGAAUUUACGCCACCUUCUACAAUGGCUUGACGGAGGGGAUCAAGGCAGUGGCCCUGGGCACAGGUGGUGUGCUGGUUUCUCAGGGGGCGAUCACCCCCGAGCAGCUCACUGCAUCUAUGCUCUACGUUGACAACGUUGUUGGCUCAUCGCUGGUUGUCGGCGGGCAGUACAGGCAGCUCAUGCAGGCCAUAGGGUCUUCUCGGAAGGUCUUCGAGUAUGCCGAGAUGCCCCCGUCUCCUUCCAUGGUGGCUACGCCGAAGACCUCUUAUCAGGUGGUCCCCCUGGCGGAGCUGCGUGGCUCCGUUUCCUUCCGUAACGUCACCUUCGCCUACGCCGCGCGCAAAGACGUGCCGGUGCUGCGAGGAAUCGACCUGGAUGUGCCCCCUGGGCAGACAACUGCACUGGUGGGACCUUCCGGUAGCGGAAAGAGCACCGUAGCAGCCCUGCUCCAGCGCUGGUACGAGCCAAACUCCGGCACGAUCUCGCUAGAUGGUCGUCCCAUCGACGAACUUGACCCACGCUGGUUUCGCUCGCUGUUUGGCGUCGUCCCACAGGAGCCACGACUCUUUUCCGCCACGGUCUGGGAGAACAUCGCUCUGGGACUGGGUGGCGUCUUGUUCGCGGCAAACAGCUCCGAGCAAGCGCUGCUUGGAGACGGCCUGGGUGCCGAGCGCAUGGAUGAAGAGACGGUAGACCGGCUAGUGCGUGAGGCUGCCCGCGCAGCAGAUGCCGAAGACUUCAUUCACGCCCUGCCUAUGGGCUACAACACCAUGGUCGGCGAUGUUCGACUGUCUGGAGGGCAGCGACAGCGGAUAGCCCUCGCGCGCGCACUCGUACGGCGUCCACGGCUGCUCAUCUUGGACGAGGCGACGUCAGCUCUUGACGGUGGGACAGAGGCGGCGGUGCAGGCUAGCGUGAACGCCUACCUGAAGCAAAGGUCUGCGUCAUGCCUCGUCAUCGCUCACCGCCUCAGUACCGUCGAGGAUGCGGACAAGAUUGUCGUGCUUGACAAGGGCAGGAUUGCCGAGAUGGGCACGCACAAGGCACUCCUCAAAAAGAAGAAUGGCAUCUACUGGCAGAUGGUCUAUGGCAAGAGCCAAGCGGAGCGACUCCGAUAG